AUGCUGGUGACCUAUUUGGAAGCCAGCCGGGACCUUUACGAGACGAAAUCAAUUCUUUUUGGCGCCACGCUGGAAGUCUGCCGUAUCAUAGGCGCCAAUGUUUCCACGGCUGGACGCGCUACUGGCCAAAGUAGCGCUAUCCCAGCAUGGAGAAGAAGAAUUGAGGAACGUAUCGCAAAGGCUAGAGCUCUCAUCGGCAGACUGAUAUGCUUCAGAUCAGGCAAUAACAGGCCAAGAAUUGUGGGCACCGUCAGGAUGGCGUUUGUCCCAGCCGAAUAUAACGCAAAAACUGACGGAGCGGAUAGAUGA